GGAGCCGCUGCCUCUCCUCCGCUUCUUCCCCCGAGAUGCUGCCGGGGGGGGGGCGACUUCCCGGCGAGCUCUGCGCCCCCCCCCCGGGCUCCCUACCUGCAGCCGGGCGAGGCUUCUAGUCCUCAUGGAGCGCGUGGCUCGCGGGGAUCGAGAAGUGGGGCGAGGCGCCUCUGUGGGGAUGGGAAGGGAGAAGGGAGGCCAUUCACACGUGCCCCAUUCCCUUUCAGGACAGCGGGGUCGCCAUGCAGCAGGCGGUGUGACCUCCAGCAGCCCUGAAGCCACGAACCUUCUGAGGAGAUAUAUGCAGCAGCCAACAAUCUGUGAGUCAGUGAGCAAGCCAGCCAAAAUCAACAUUUCAGCAUGUCCGCAAACAAAGGACUCGUUCCAGUGCCUCCGUCUACUUCAAAGCAAGAAAACAAAAAACACAGAGAUGCUUCUUCCUUAGUAUCUGUCAGCAAGGAUAGUAACGAACUCCCUCAGUUAAGAGACAAGUCAGGUGCAUUAGACAGUUCAAAGCCUCUGCCCACAUCUUUACAGCGUGAUUUCAUCCCAGAAGAGAUCUUUGUUGCACUGACCUCUGCUGCCAACCCAAUCCCCUGUCCCAGUGUUUUAAGACCCCCCAAGAAAACAAAAAGUAUAAAAGACUUUCAGGGGUGCAUUCGUACUGCUGAUGGGGUCUGGCAACAUCCUGUACGCAGAAACAAGUUUCGAUAUCUGAUAGAGCAUCCAAUUUGCCUCACAGGAGCUGGAAGGGACGUCUCUUUUCUCUAUGACCUCGCUUCUGAGAAAGAGGCAAAGAAUCCUCCCCCAACUCCUGUAUCUCACAAAACUUCAACAAAUUUGCAGCAGCAGGAACCCAGUGCAGCUAAGCUUCCAGCAGGUAUAGCAGACAGUCUUGUUCCAGAGGAAUUUCAUAUUCUAAAGAACAGAGGUGUCCUGCGCUUGCAGUAUUAUGAUGAUAAAUAUACAACCCUACUUGAAGACGAUGAAAGCAGACUGCGGGUUUUCCCAUCCAUGAAGCCAUCUGGGAGGCUGGAGGUCCUGCAGCUGAUGAAGGUGAUGGACACCAUGCUGGAAAGGGCUGGAACAGAUGAUAAGGAUGUUGGCGUAACAGGGGUUUCACAGAUGCACAAUGUCUUGGAGGUGCUUAAGGUUGAACAGAACAUCUACAACAUAGUGUUUCAUGAAAUCAUCCGACAAGUCAGUGUGGACUGUGCAGAACGGGGAGAGCUCCUUUCCAAGCUCAGAGAAAGAUACGUUGAGCUGCUAGAACGAAUUCCAAGGCAGAUGAGAAAUCUCUACAGAGAAAUGAUGGCACAGAGAGUAAUGGACAAACACAUUACAGAUGAGUUAUUCCAUUUCAAGGAAGCUAUAGGAAAACUGACAAGGGAGCUUAAUACCAUCCGAGAACAUGACCGCAGAGUCACGGUUGAAGCAGAGAAAGCCUAUGAUGAGCUGGCAAAGGCGGUACAGGAUUCCGAGAUGAAUGCAAACCUUUUGGAUGAAUAUCGUGAACUGUAUGAAUUGCAGAGAGCAAGACUUGAGGCCCAGAUCCACCAGUUAACCCAAGAAAAGGAGCUGUGGAGCAAUGCUACGUAUGAGUUGGCUCUCAAGGUAAUUGAAAAGAACAAGCUGAUCUUGGCUCGCAGAAUGUAUGACAGUGAAAAGGCUUGGGUCAAAGGCAUGAGGCAUUUCAUUACGAUGAUGGCAUCACAGGAUGCUACUGAUCUUUCCACUCUACAGGAGCUGACACAGGAGUUUCGGGAACGCCUGAGCAAAAUUGGCACAGAAGUUGAACAAAUUGAAGAAACCAGUAGGGACAGGGCUAGGAGUAUUCAGAAUGGUUUGGCUGGUUGGCUCAGUUACUUCCAGAAUCAUGUUCUUGGAAAAGGAACUUACACUUUAGCAAAAGGUGCCUCUUUAUUGGAUCAAAUCCUUGUGGAUCUGAAGGUCUGGGAAAAGAUGUUGAAUGAGGAGUUGGCGCAGUUUGAUGGGGACGUACUCCUACUGAGACAAGAGCCCCUCACAGUGGCCACUGACCUACAGAAGCAAUGGGUGGAUCUGGGACUUGCUGUGCAUGGGCGUCACAAGACUCUCAAGGGAAGGAUGCCUCUUGAGUUGAAAAUGCUGGAGAGAAUCAACAAGCAGUCUCAUAUUCUCUGUGAGCAGUACCGUAUAAGGAUUUGUGGAGAGAAUGGAUCUGCUAGAAUUUUAACGUCCUUGAUCAACAGCUUGGAAGACUGGACCUUCAAGCUGCUUGCCAACAAGCAAAAGGGUUCUAUUCAUGAAACGGAGUGGAUAAAGUUUUUCCAGACAGUUUCUGAAUGGAUAACCCAGAUAGACGAUCUCUUGGUCUCCAUUGGUACCGGUGACACUGUAGAGGACCGAAGGCUUAGAGCAUUUCAUAACUUGUUGGUACCUGAGGAUGUGUUCAAUAAGAUUCAGCAGUGGAUCCUGACAACCACUAGUGGUUCCGAGAAAGAAAAUGAUCAGCUCAGCCAUGAACUGACCGACUUCCACAAUGCUCUGACCAAGUGGAUGGUCAACCUGCUCAUCCACAUGGCUCCAGACCACAUCUCUCGUGAUACCCUCCCUUUGACUGAUGCAGAAGUGGCAAGGCAGGCGGAAAGGAAGCUGCUGAACGUUUUCAAGAUGGAAAGAGAAGCCACAGGCCUGGCUUCAAAGCUGAGCACAUUCUCCUGCUACAUAGUCAGCUGUUGCAAGGAGAUGGUUGCAACGAUAACACGCAAGAAGAUGGUGACUCUUCAACCAGAUGCAGAACAUGAAUUGCAACAGUUAGAGAGGAUCAAGACAGAGUGCUUGGAUUGGAUUGAAACCUGCAACCUCCUCCUGUCUGGGAUGAAGACCACUCCCACCACUUUAAUCAGCCAAGAAGAACUGGUCAGCCUGUUUGGGUUAGAGGUGCUUCAGCUGAAACGACAGCUGCCUCCCCGUCCGGAGCAGAGCGUGGAAAGCUCCCCCACCACCACAGAGGAAGAGAAAAAAGACGAAGAAAUUGGGGAUGUUCUAGAAGAUCAGGAAGCAACAGAACCGAAGCAAGUGUUAGAAGCAGAGGAACAGCCGCCUGUGCCCAGCACCAGCACUGGUGAGCAGGCUGAAAGCCUUGCGGUCACUUACCCAGUCAGAUACAUUGGUGAUGAUUCUAAUGUGUAUGUCAAAACCAUGCAGGUGAAAGAAAUCACAGUGUCACGGAGGGAGUUGCAUACCAGCCAGUGGACCACAACGGCCUCAAAGAAGGAAUUUGAGUUGCUGGCGUCACUGGAAAUUCUGGAAGAGCGACUCUUAGAGGCUGAAAAGCGAGCACAGCAAGCUGAGGAAAAAUCUGAAGUCCUUCAUGAGGACUUAGAAGAAGCUCUGGCAAAAAUCCAGAACAUGGAGGGUGAGCAACCAAAGCUGAAGGACUCUGAAGAAAAAGAAACAAAACUCAAAGCAGAAGUCGUCGUUAAGGAACAAACUGAAUCAACUUCACAGCCCAGCACUCCUAAGCCACGAAUGAAGAAAUUCCCCAAGCCCAAACGCUGAAGAAGAGGGUGACCUCCAGAAGGCCUUUGGCUCCUGCUUGUAGUUGGCACUGGACACAGAUGGAGGGUUGUGCAUUAGUGGCUACUUGGAAUUCUCCCAGCUCUGUUAAACUAUUUGUUCAGUACAUGGAAAGAAGUUAACUCAACUACGUGGGAUUGAUUCCCAGUUUCUGUUAUUUAUAUAGAACAUAUUCAAGGUCUAGGUUGGAGUUGCCCUGAUAUUUCACUGUAUUUACCUAUACAGAUUGAAUUUAAGAAUAAGUCACUAGGAAAUAUUAGGGUUUUUUGUUUGAACUCCCCCCCCCCAAAAAAAUGAAUACUUGAUCCAUCUUAGGAGUUUUUCACUAGUAGAUGCAUUGGGAGUGUCUUGGACUUUAGUAUCCGGUAAUUACUUGGCAUGAUUCCCUUCCCUCUAGUAUCUGGUAAUUCCCUUCCCUCUAGUACUUUAGUAUCCGGUAAUUACUUGGCAUGAUUCCCUUCCCUCUAGUACUCUAGUAGUUCUCUUUGUUUACAUAAGGUAGGAGACUCUUAAAAGCAGCACCUCCAAAUGUCUCCCAAGCAUAGCACAAGGUACAAUCCCAGCCUUCCAAAGAGCAGGGAGGGAUAGUUCCCUAAUCUCAUGCAGAUAUUGGAGUUGACAGAAGCAGUGAGAGACUUCCACUGUUCCUGGCUACUCAUAAAGCCUGAAGUAAACAGAAAGACACUUCUAGCUGUGGAAUCUCUGCGAAGGGCAGGCUAUUCACUCAAAUAACACCAUGCUUUGGAGAUACUUAGAACUACCCAUUGGAAUCUAAAUGCUUCUGAGAAGCUCUUACUUUGUCACAAGAUGCGAUCCUGAUUGAUUACUUCACCCAGAUCCUGUACCUGUGCUGGAGGACUCAGGAAAGGGGAAGGCCCUACAGUUUUUCUCAAACUUGGGUUCCCAGCUGUUGUUGGACUACAACUCCCAUCAGCUAGCAGGACCAGCGGUCAGGGAUGAUGGGACUUGUAGACCCUAUUACGAAGCAAGAGACUCCCUCACAACUUCCAAGUUCUCUGUGGAACUUUUUCACAAGUCAUCAGGAAGAGAUUGGUGGUUGCUAAUGGCACUUGUGAAACCCUGAUCCUUUAUGAAUGGAAGCUGACUUACCAAAUAUUUUAGACUGAUCUGGUAUCAGUACUUUUUCUGUCCCAACACUGCAUCCCUUCCACAGCCUUUUCUGAAGAAAUGUGUUUACAUAGCGGAACAUAUUUCACCCCUUUGUUGAACUGUCUUCUGCCUCAUUGCCACCCCACUCUUCCUUCAGGGGGGAAAUAAGAGCUAGCAUGGUAUUUUGAACAGGAAAGCAGAGUAAGCCAAAGUUUGGCUGCUUACACCUGUUCAUGGCAUUGUAAAAUCAUGGCCAAAAGACGCCAUCUAGCAGAAAUGAGCAGAAAUACAGCUUGAUUUAUUUACUGUAUAUUCCUGCGUAUAAGACUACUUUUUAACCCAGGAAAAUCUUCUCAAAAGUCGGGGGGUCGUCUUAUACACCGGUUUGUAUUUCUUAUAAGGCGAGUAUAUCCCAAACUCUGUAUUUUAACUGGAAAAGUUGGGGGUCGUCUUAAACGCCCAAUCGUCAUAAGUAUGUUCCACUUUCCUUUCUGCGGAGAACAUAGGAAGCUGCCUUGUACCAUUGGUUCAUCUGACCAGUGCCGGAUCUAGAUCGGCGCAGUUUCCCCACACAGGGCAUUGAGCUGAAUGGGUGCAAAAUAGCAAUAUUACUAAUACCUGUAUUUAUUUGGUUGCCUACUCACAGUUAAAGCCCCGGUCAGACAGGUGAUUGAGUUGCCACAACUAUGACUUAGUGCACUUGAGAGCAUGCGCCGGACUGAAGCUAAGGGAGGGGAGAGAAAUACUGGAGGAGGCACUAAAUUUUGUUUUUGCUCAGGACGUAUUACCAAAGUCUGCCCCUGAUCUGACACAACAUUCUCUCUCUUCAGUAGCAACAGCUCUCUGGAAUCACAGGCAGAAGCCUCUUGCAGCCCUGUUCCCCAAUAUCCUUUUCAUUGGAAAUGCAUGAAAUGCCUGCACCACUGAGCUAUAGCUGCUCCAUGUGCUGUUCAGCUGGAAGCUUCAUUUUAAAUGAAUUAAUAUACUGUGUUUCCCCGAAAAUAAGACAUAUCCAUAAAAUAAGCCGUAGCAGGAUUUCUAAGCAUUUCCGCAAUAAGCCAUACCCCGAAAAUAAGACAUGGAUGCGGCGCCUCCCGGCAACAGCUUGCUGCCCUCCGCCAUGCUGUGCGCGGAGCCCUUCCCACUGGAAUAAGACACCCCCUGAAAAUAAGCCAUAGUGUGUCUUCUUGAGGAAAAUAAAUAUAAGACAGUGUCUUAUUUUUGGGGAAACACGGUAGGUGCUGGAGGAAAUACAACAUCACUCAGGCUGGAGAUAGGUGUAAGAUUCUCCCAAACUGCUUUGGUUGCUGUAGCUUUAAUCCUGCCUCAAAAGCUGGGGAACUGUAAUGAAGUCAAACAAGGGACCAUAUUUCUACGGUGGUAGGGAGGAAGGAGCCUUGCUAUAAUAACUCUGGGGGGCUUCCAACAAAAUAUUAAAAUACAAUAGUGUUGCAGACAUUAAAAGCUUCCCUAAACAGAGCUGCCUUCAGAUGUCUUCUAAAAGGAAAUAUAUAGGAAAUAAUGCCUGUUUGCUUAUUUUAGAAAUAUUUUUUAAUAUCAGAGGCCAGUGCCGGAGAAUGGAAGCACACACUAUCCACUAAAAUUGUUAAAGAAAGAAAAGGAAAUUUGCACAUUCAGAAGAUAUUUAUUAUUAUUAUUACUUUAAAAAAAUAGGCUGCUUUUCAGUCCAGAGUCUCCAAGGGUGAUGUUUUGAAGUUCACAUAUCAGAGCACAUAAAAAUCACAAAAAUACUAAAACAAGUAGCAGUGAGGCUGACAAUAAGAACAGCAGACAAAAUUAUCAUUCUAAGAGCUCUUAGCAAGAGCUGAUCAAGGAAGGUUCCACCUGGCGCUGAAUAUACAUCGGAUUUAGCACACAUUAGAUGAAUCUGUGUGCUUUGUUGAAUAGCUUGAGUUUAUUCUUUUGCAGAAUUUGCCAUUUUGUGUCCAAAGGUUUUCUUUCGUUUUGAUGGGAACAACAGAACAGAACAAGGGCUAAGCUCAAGUUGUAUCUGUGAGGAAGCCCCACUCCGGUCCUCCUGUGUUUUCCUUGCGCUUGGUAGAAACCACCCAUUUAUUUUUUUUAUUAUUUAUUUUUUUGCUCCUUCCACUAAAUCAUCUCUACUGAGUUUUAGAGUCUUGGGCUGCUGAUGGAACUGCCAGCCUGUAUUGUCCAGGCCCAGCCCAAUCUGUGUCCCUCUGCUGAAAGAGACACAGAUGGUGUCCCACCUUUGUUGGCUUUAAUGAUAGACGGGAAGGGAGGGCUACUCCCUGAGCCAAUUAACAAUUAAAGCAAACAGACAGCAAAGAGCUUUCACAGCAAGUUCCCAGACUUCAUUUGUGCUGUGCUGCUCACUUUCACUCUGUGAACUGGUUCAGGCAGGACACACGACUUUCAGGCCCAAGGACUGCCGUAUGCUUCUUGCGGUCCACCAUCAACACUUCUUAUGUUCGUCUCUUGCAAUGUAUAAUAAUAAUAAU